CGUGUAGAAGCGAGUCUGCUCAACAGCUUGUUAUUUGGUGGAUUGUGGCAGUAAAUCGGGCGAGUGGGGAACGGGGUGCAGGACCUGCCUCCGCGGCCGGGAGUGGUGCUGCCCGGACGGGGGCCCACGGGGGUCAGUGGGGCGGAGGACUCGGAAGCUGACAGCGCGCACUUCACCCGCAGUUAGUAGCGACGGAGAAGAUAGCUCGCUGAGCUGGAACCCCACAGAUCGCCAGUGAAAAUGAAGGCGGCGGAUGAGCCUGCCUACCUGACAGUGGGAACUGAUGUCAGUGCCAAGUACCGAGGUGCCUUCUGUGAGGCAAAAAUUAAGACUGUGAAAAGGCUGGUAAAAGUUAAGGUACUCCUGAAACAGGAUAAUACUACACAAUUGGUGCAGGACGAUCAAGUAAAGGGUCCUUUAAGAGUUGGAGCUAUUGUUGAAACAAGGACAUCUGAUGGGUCCUUUCAGGAAGCUAUUAUCAGCAAGUUGACAGAUGCUAGUUGGUAUACUGUGGUGUUUGAUGAUGGUGAUGAGAGAACACUGAGACGCACUUCACUUUGCCUAAAAGGAGAGAGACAUUUUGCCGAGAGUGAGACACUUGACCAGCUUCCCUUAACAAAUCCAGAGCAUUUUGGAACUCCUGUAAUUGCAAAGAAGACGAACAGAGGAAGGAGGUCGUCUCUUCCUGUUAAUGAGGACGAAAAGGAAGAAGAAAGUAGUGAAGAGGAAGAUGACGAUAAGCGACGUCUCAAUGACGAAUUGUUAGGAAAAGUUGUAAGUGUGAUAUCAACAUCUGAGAAGACUGAUGGGUAUCCUGCUUUGGUAAUAUCUCCCAGCUGUAAUGAUGACAUCACAGUGAAAAAAGACCAGUGUUUAGUUCGAUCAUUUAUCGAUUCUAAAUUUUAUUCUAUAGCAAGAAAGGAUAUCAAGGAAAUAGAUAUUCUCAAUCUACCUGAAUCUGAGCUCUCUGCUAAACCAGGGCUUCAGAAAGCAAGCAUCUUCUUAAAAACUAGAAUUGUUCCUGAUAAUUGGAAAAUGGAUAUAAGUGAAAUCCUUGAAUCAUCCAGUAGUGAUGAUGAAGAUGGUCCAGCUGAAGAACAUGAUGAAGAGAAGGAAAAGGAAACCAAAAAAGAAGAAGAAGAGGUGCCUGAGGAAGAACUUGAUCCUGAAGAGAGGGACAACUUCCUCCAACAGCUUUAUAAGUUUAUGGAAGACAGAGGUACUCCAAUCAACAAACCACCUGUUUUGGGCUAUAAAGAUCUCAAUCUCUUCAAACUCUUUAGACUGGUUUAUCAUCAAGGUGGAUGUGACAAUAUUGAUAGUGGUGCUGUAUGGAAGCAAAUUUAUAUGGACCUUGGCAUUCCUAUUUUGAAUUCAGCUGCUUCCUACAAUGUAAAAACUGCUUAUAGAAAGUAUCUCUAUGGUUUUGAGGAAUACUGCCGUUCUGCAAAUAUUCAGUUCAGAACUGUUCACCACCAUGAACCAAAAGUAAAAGAGGAAAAAAAAGAGUUAGAAGAAUCAAUGGAAGAGGCUCUAAAAGUAGAUCAAGAAAUGCCUUUAGUAGAAGUGAAGAGUGAACCUGAGGAGAAUAUUGAUUCAAACAGUGAAAGUGAAAGAGAAGAAAUAGAAUUAAAAUCUCCAAGGGGACGAAGGAGAAUAGCUCGAGAUGCAAAUUCUAUUAAAAAGGAAAUUGAAGAAGACAAGACAGAAGACAAAUUGAAAGACAACGAUACAGAGAAUAAAGAUGUAGUUGAGGACUAUGAAACCGUGGAGAGAAAAGAAAACGAGUUACUGCUGGGGAGAAAAAAUACACCAAAGCAAAAGGAGAAGAAAAUUAAAAAGCAGGAGGAUUCUGAUAAAGACUCAGAUGAAGAGGAAGAAAAAAGCCAAGAGAGGGAAGAAACUGAAAGCAAAUGUGACUCUGAUGGGGAGGAAGAUGAGGAAGACAUGGAACCCUGCCUAACAGGAACCAAAGUGAAAGUAAAAUAUGGACGAGGAAAAACGCAGAAAAUCUAUGAAGCUAGUAUUAAAAGCACUGAAAUUGAUGAUGGAGAAGUUUUAUACUUGGUACAUUACUAUGGAUGGAAUGUCAGGUAUGAUGAAUGGGUGAAGGCUGACAGGAUAAUCUGGCCUUUGGACAAAGGUGGACCAAAGAAAAAACAGAAGAAAAAAGCAAAAAAUAAAGAAGACAGUGAAAAGGAUGAAAAGAGGGAUGAGGAGAGGCAGAAGUCAAAACGAGGACGACCUCCUUUAAAAUCUACCCUUUCAUCAAACAUGCCAUAUGGUUUGUCUAAGACUCCAAACAGUGAAGGAAAAUCAGGUACCAGAAGUGCUCGCAGCAGUAUGCCAGACAGCUCACCUCUGUCAAAUGGAAUGGAAGACUCUUGCUCAUCUGAUAGUGAAACAGAAGACCUUUUAGAAAAGAAUUUGAUGAAUGAAGAACUUUCUCCUGAUAUUAAAGACCUAGAAAAAAAUGAACACUUGAAUGACGAUAAACUAGAUGAAGAAAAUCCAAAGAUUGCUGCACAUAUAUUAAAAGAAAACGAAAGGACACAAAUGCAGCCUUUAGAAACACUGAAGUUAGAAGUUGGAGAGAAUGAACAAAUAGUACAGAUUUUUGGAAAUAAAGUGGAACAAGGAGAAGAAGUUAAGAAAGAAGCUGAAAAAUCUCCUAAAGGAAAGGGAAGACGAAGCAAGACAAAAGAUCUUUCUUUAGAAAUUAUAAAGAUUUCAUCAUUUAGCCAGGAUGAAGCAGGAAGUGAAUCUCAUAUAGAAGCUCAGAGUCUAGAAUUUUCUUCACUAGACAGUAAAAAUUUUUCCUCUACUGCUGAAGAUGAAAUUGACCAGUGUGCAAAAGAAAAAAAGUUGAAACGGAAAUUACUGGGACAAUCAUCACCAGAGAAAAAAACAAGAAUCGAGAAUGGAAUGGAAAUGACAAACAGCGUAUCUCAAGAAAAGACCAGUGACUGUAUUGCAUCUGAGGGAAUGAAAAACUUAAAUUUUGAACAACAUUUUGAAGUAGAAAAUGAAGAAAUGCCAUCAUUAAUCGCAGAGUCCAACCAACGCAGUCAAGAAUUGACUAGUGAAAAAUUUGACAGUCCAGCUGAAGAAACUGUAAAUACUCCACUAAAAGAAGAAGAGGAUGCAAUGCCUCUGAUUGGGCCUGAGACCUUGGUUUGCCAUGAAGUAGACUUGGAUGAUUUGGAUGAGAAGGAUAAGACCAGUAUUGAAGAUGUAGUCGUUGAAAACUCUGAGUCUAACUCUCUUGUUUCUAUUCCACCUGCCCUACCUCCUGUUGUACAGCAUCACUUUUCAGUAGCUUCACCACUUACUCUCAGUCAAGAUGAGUCUCGAAGUAUAAAAAGUGAGAGUGACAUAACCAUUGAAGUUGAUAGCAUUGCUGAAGAAUCUCAAGAAGGUCUCUGUGAGAGGGAAUCAGCAAAUGGGUUUGAAGCCGGUGUUGCCUCUGGUACCUGUAGUAUAAUUGUUCAAGAAAGAGAGAACAGAGAGAAGGGUCAGAAAAGGCCAAAUGAUGGAAAUAGUGGAUUAUUGGCAAAAAAGCAAAAGCGUACCCCAAAGCGAACAAGUGCUGUAGCCAAAAGUGAAAAGAAUGGAACAGGACAAAGCAGUGAUAGUGAAGAUCUUCCUGUCCUGGACAAUUCAAGUAAAUGUACACCAGUAAAGCAUCUUAGUGUGUCUAAGCCACAGAAGCUUGCACGAUCUCCUGCAAGGAUUUCCCCUCACAUCAAAGAUGGAGAAAAAGAUAAACACAGGGAUAAACAUCCAAAUUCAUCCCCUAGAACAUAUAAAUGGAGCUUUCAACUCAAUGAAUUAGAUAAUAUGAACAGUACAGAGAGAAUCUCUUUUCUCCAAGAAAAAUUACAAGAAAUAAGAAAAUAUUACAUGUCUUUGAAAUCCGAAGUGGCAACCAUAGACAGGAGGAGAAAAAGAUUAAAAAAGAAAGACAGAGAAGUGUCUCAUGCAGGAGCCUCCAUGUCAUCUGCUUCGUCAGACACUGGAAUGAGCCCAUCAUCAUCAUCUCCCCCACAAAAUGUGCUUGCUGUAGAAUGCAGGUGAUGAACGCUUUCUCUGCCUUCCCAGCAGUUUGCUGCCAUGGACCUAAAUCCCAAAACCCUGAAAUACAACCACAGAAAGCACUCAACUGGUUUGACAUUGCUAAGUAUAUCCUGUAUACUUUUCCAGGCUGGAUUGUAUCUAUUCCCUCUCUUUUCUUUUCUUUUCUGUUGCAAACAAUAAGCUGAUUAAUAACUGAAGGUUAGGCAGCCUGCCAUAUUUGUCAUAAUUUUUCCUAAUUUUUCAUUUUUUGUGAAGAUAGAAAAAGGGCACUUAGCAAAUUUGAAUUUGUAUAAUAAAGCUUUCAAACGUUAUAGAAAUCAUAGACAAGCAAGUGCACAUGAUAAACAUCAAAAUAUUAUCCAGCUGAAUAGUGACUGCUGCACUUUCACUAAGAUGUAUUUGAACACUUGGUGAGUAGGGGGUUUAUGUUGUGUUUUUUUUUUAAUUAUUGUUGCUGUUGUUUUUUUAUUUUUGUGGAAGCACUUGCUAUUUAGAACUGCCAAAGUAUAUGUUCAGCAGUGUGCCCAGGUUUAAAGGUGUAAAUGGGACAAAAUAAAUUGUGAAAGGAAGUGUAGUUGACUGAAAACUACAGUUGUAAUAAGUCUUCCACUUUUUAUAGGAUUUUUGAGCACACAAUUAUGCAAAUAUUUUAAUGUUUAUUAAUGUUUACAGUGGAAUUGUGAAUAAGUUUUCAGUGGACUAUCUUAUCCCUUGACAAAAAUAUUUUGUCUUUUUUCUAUGUAAUUUCAGAGUUUUUAUUUUGUUACAAAAAGACAAAAAUGAAAUAUAUAACAACAAUGAAGUUAUUUAACAAGAUUUCUAAAGCUGAAAAUUUUGUGUAAAAUAAGGUAUUAUCUUGCAACUUGUUAAAUAUAUUUAUUCAGACAUUGGAUGUUGUAUUUUUAUGUAUUUUUUAAAAUAUUAAUAAAAUGGAAAAAAAGAAAAUUCUAGGUUAAUUCACUCUUUGGAUGACAAUAGCUCUCAGCUGUCCCUUUCACAGGAGGUUGCAUCCAGCAGCUCUGCCCGCGCUGAAGGGAGCGCGUCUCCGUCCUUCAGACAGCACGGACUCUAAAUGGGCAUCUGCAUCAUUAAAGUAUGUCCUCGUUUAGAAACUUUGGCAGUCCUAGUAUUUAAACUGUUUCGAGGAUCAAAUUUUUGGUUGCCCUUACAAUACUUUGUCAUAGUUUUUAUGUUUGCUAUACUGCCGAAUAAAUUUCUUAUCUCCCAAAGUUGAGAUGCAACAACUAAGUAAAGCAACUAUGUAUGCUUUGUCUGUGAAUUGUUCCACAGACUGAUACAUUUUGUAAAUAAUUCUUCCAAAAUCAUGUAUUUAAAGCAUUUUUGCCAUAUACAUUAUGUAAAAAGGUGAUUUUUUAAAAUCAGUUUUUAAAUUCAUGUUUGUACAUUGAAAGGGGUUUUUUUUUAACCUCCUUUUCUGUGUUUAAUAUGCUGUAGAGUAAUAACCUAGAUGCUCUAGACUGUAUAUCAGGAUCUGAUUUACAAGAACAAAGUCAGAGCCAAACACUAGUGAUGGCAUAGCAUUACUGAAAUCAUUGUUUCUUAAUUUCAUUUUACCACAUUGUGAACUUGUGAUUCAGAUUCCUUCCAUUUUCGCAGAGAAUUAAAAAGAAAAAAAGUACUCUUGUAAAAUGCACUUUCCUGUCUUUUCUUUGCAAAGCAGAAGUAUUUCAAUGUAAAAUAAAAAUGGAGCUCAGUGGGCAGUAUUAAUAAAGGCCAUGUUUUAAACAUAGGCUUUAUAUUUUUAGUUUUCAUUUAAGUGAUUGUUUUUUUCCCAAGUGCCAGUAUCUUACAGUUGGAAAAUCAGACUUUAUAAAACAAAGCAUAUUCGAUAUAUUCAUCAGUCUUUACAAUAAAAUGUUUCUAGUACUUAAUUAUAAAAAUGAAAAAAGUGUGUCAUUCAAAUCUAGUUGGAACUUGGAGGCAACCGUAGAUUCAUACGUUGGAUAUUUUAAUGAUUUCCUUCACUAACGAUUCAGUAAAUGAGAUAACUGGUUACCAGCUUGAAUGCCAUCCCUUCUAAUCAAUAUAAAUCUAGUAAUGAAGUAUUGGGACUUUGCUGCAGAGAGCACAAUUAUAUAUUCAUUCAAUGGGUAUACGGACACUAUUAAAAUCCUUCUAUUUUGAAGCUGGAGAGGAUUCUGAAAGUAAAUGAAUAUUGACUAUUAAAUUCAAAUAUGAGGCAUAUUUUGAAUUUAGCUAAAUUUAGGAUAGCACUUGCAUGUGACUAAAAAAGUAUAAAGAUACUCUUUAAAAUAGAAGGUGCUGUCUCCAAAGUUAUUUGAAGAUUAUCGAGGUUUAUUUCAGUAUUCCGUUGUGUGCCUUUAUUGUUUGUUGUAUUUCUAGUUUUCCUGCCCUUCACUAAAAAAACAUGUUUGAACUUUGGUAUAUAGUGCGCACACACACACACACACACACACACUCUGUCUUCUAUGAAAUUGCUUUAAGUUAUAGAAAUCCAUAUGGGUUAAGCUAUUAAUUUGCUUAUAUAUCUUUCUUACAAAUUCUAAAAUAUAACUUUCUUAUAACCCCUGUAAUUUAACAGAACUGUCAACACUGUGAAAGCAUUUGAAGCUAUAUUCAACCACACAUAAAACGUAUUACCAUAAUUCAUUCAUCAACAAUUUGUCAGGUAUCUUCUGUGUGCCAGGGACUGUGCCAAGGCCCAGAAGUUAAAACAGUGAACAAGACAGAAAAAGGUCCUUGUCUUUAGGCAAUGUAUAAUCUAAUGAGAUAGAUGUUUAUUUCUUAACUAUACGUGUGACAAACAUAUUAAGGUAUGGGGUGCCAUGAUAUACGAUAUAGGAGCCCAACUAGUUUGAAGGUAAAGGUGGUCAGAGAAAACUUUACAGAGAAAGCAACAGUAAAACCCUCAGUGAGGAUAAUGAAUUGGCUAGGGAUGCAGGUUGGGAGAGUAAAGCGCUCCACGUGCAUGGGGCAAGGGGGUAAUGAGCCAGGGCAAAAACACUUAAGUCGAGAGAGGCAGGAGCCAGGUCACGAAGAGACAUUCAUUUUAUAAAUAACUCCUCCCACAUCAUGUAUUCAAAGCAGUUUUGCUGCUUUAAACCCAAACCAUGCACCUGCCCAGCUCUGCCUCUUCCUGCUCCUCUGUUCUCCCCACCACUCUGUCCCUACUUGUCUAGAGCCAUCUCAAGAGCCACUUUUCAAUGAAGUUUUUGCUGACUUACCACCACCAGAAUAUCACUGCCUUUUAUGCUCUGAUUGCAUUUUCAACCUAUUAUUUUAGUUGACAACUUGCCUUGUAUUGUGUUUACUUAUGCAUGCAUCUUUCUACCCUACCAGAUGUUUAGUUCCUUAAGUACCUAGUCAUACUCGUAUCCCACAAAAUGCCUGAUCCAGCAUCCAAUACACGGUAAGAUGGUCAAAAACUAUGUUUACUUAAGUUGAAAAAAAUUACUUUUGGGUUGCUAUUGUUUCUGUUUUCUACCAGUGAUUUUUAUGUACAAGUCAGACAUCUAUAAGUUGUCUUUGUGGUUCUUUUCACAAGGGAAUAAUGUGAAAAUAUCAUUUGAACAGGGUAGACGUGUUAAACCAUCUAAUCCUCAACUCAAAAUAUUCUUAAACUGAUGAAUUUUUUUCCUUCUUGUGUCUUCUUCCCUCUUCCAUUACUCCACAUGGUUACACACAGAUUUUUAUCCCAUUACAGGAAGACAACGGUAUGUGAUGGCAUUCAUCAUUAGUGAAGGUUGAAGGACUCUUACAAUGGAGUCUGUACUAAUGCAGAAUUUCUAACAUAUGCUUGGUGUUUUCACACAGGAGACAUUUUUUUUUGUAGGUCUUUACAUUUUGUUACAAAACCAAAUGACGUUUUUUCUUGUUAAGCACAAACAACCUUUUUAUAUAUUCAUAUUAGACCCAUUAUAUCUUUUUAAACAGAGUAAGAAGGGCAGUGUUUAUAAUUUUAGAAUUUGAAGUUAACAAAAUUAUGAAAUUAUCUUCAUUUUGUGAUCUGUAUCAUCAGAAUUCAUUUUGAAAAGUUCUGCGACAAGCUUAAAACUUCCACGUAAAUAAAUGAUUAUUCCACACAAGUAAUUAGAUUUCUUCUCAACGCUAAGUUACAUUAAAUAAGACCAUGUGGUUCAAGAGUCUCACCAGUUUAGGUUGCCAGAUUUAGCAAAUAAAAACACAGGACACACAGCUAAGUUUGAAUUUCAGACCAACAACAGACAAUUUUUUAGUGUAAGUAUGCCCUAUGUAAAAGUUGUUACUUACCUGAAAUUGAAAUUUAACUGGGCAUCCUAUAUUUUAUCUGCAAAUCCUGCAAGUAAUUUCUUUUCCACUAUAUCCCAAGACAUAUUUAUCCUCUAGAGAACCUUUUCUCGGUCCCCGAACCUUUUUAUGGAGGAUAGCAAACUCUGAAGUUUCUCUUGGUUUCAAAGGAUGAAUGUGCCUCGGCAGUCCAUGAGGGAUUCUGAGAAUUAAACCAUUUCCUUGAUGUAGCCAUUAUCUCCAAGACUGCCCCUAUAAUAGCUAAGCUUUGACAAAACAGUUGUGAACACACUCAGGCUUUACUGGUGGUUUUCCUUUGAUGGGGCAGUUUUCCCACCAAGUGGUAACUGCUCUCAGAAAUUCUCUUGGGUCCCGAUCCAAACCUGCUGUCAAAAACCGAAACUAAAUCUAAAUCCAUUGAAAUUUAAAACUUUCUAAGGCACUUAAUAAUUAUGAAUAAAGCCACUAGUAGUAUACACAUACAGGCUUUUGCAUGGACAUAGGUUUUCAAUUCCCUUGGGGAAACACCUAGAAGUAAGGUUGCUGGAUUGUAUGUGCACUCUACAAUUCUGCAUUCCCAGCAGUGAUACACAAGAAUUCAGUUGCACUACAUCCUUGUCAGCAUUAGAUAUAUUCAUUUGGGGUUUUUUGUUUUGCCAUCUAAUAGGUGUAUAGUGAUAUUUCAUUGCGUCUUUUUUUUUUUUUAAUUUGCAUCUCCUUAGUGAUUAAUGAUGUCACACAGAUUUUUUAAUGUCUUGCAACCUCAAGCAUUAGAAAGUAUUUAAAGAAAUAGGAACUCCCAUGUAGUGUGUGCAGGUGUAAAUUAAUACAUCUAUUUUGGAUUUGUAAAGAUGAGGGGAACACCCCCUUGACCAAACAGUUCCAUAUAUCCUAGAGAAAAUCUACGGUGUAUGCUCCAAGAGAUUUAUGUUAGACUAUUCUUUGCAGAAUGGUUUGUGCUGACCAAACAUCUUAAAUGUCCAUUAACAGAAGAAUGGAUAAAAAAAAUUAUGGCUAACUCAGGGCGCCUGGGUGGCUCAGUCAGUUAAGCAUCCGACUUCGGCUCAGGUCAUGAUCUUGCGAUUUGCGAGUUUGAGCCCGUGUCGGGCUCUGUGCUGACAGCUCAGAGCCUGGAGCCUGCUUUGGAGUCUGUGACUCCCUCUCUCUGCCCCUCCCCGCUCACACUCUGUCUCUCAAAAAAUAAAUAAAUGUUAAUAAAACAUAAAUAAAUUAUGACUAAUGAAUUGAAUACUACAAAGAAACCAGGGAAUAAUAAAUAGCAGAAUUAGGAACCCCGCCCAUUUCUGGUUCCCCAGUCGGUAUUUGUUCCAUUACGUUAGUGUCUUAAGCUUCUGCUCCCUGGGUAUCAUGGUUGCACUUUUAACAAAGACAUCAUCAUUUUAAAUGACUAAAAUGAGAACUUAUGGGGUGUGGGAUUCUCCUUAAUAGGACUUAUCAGUACUCAUUUAUAACUGAGCUAACUAUUUGAACAUGGCAAAUCACUUGACCACUGCCAAGUGUCAGAUUUCUUAUCUCUAAAGUGGAAAGGUUUAGUUUCUAAAAUUGUUUUUAAUAACUGCUUUAGUUUCAGAGGCAUUUAAAAAGUUUUAAAUCUAUUGCUUGAGUAGGUAAUACAUCCAGAUGGUUCAAAAUAGGACACCAGACUAUGUGACAAUCUCCUACCUUUGGCCUUACUUUCCCCUUCCCAGAGGCAACCGGUGUUAUCAGUUAUCCUUCCAAAAACAACUAUGCUUUCCUGAUUAUUUUUACAGCAACACACAGAUACCAACAUGCCACAAUUUAUUAUCUGGACCCAUAAUGAUGGACAUUUUGCUCUGUUCUAAUUUUUAAUACAAUGCUGUAGCUAACAGCCUUAUAUAUAUGUCCUUUCACACAUGUGUGAGAAUACCUAUAGGAUAAAUUCCUCGAGUGGAAUCACUGGAGCAAAGUAUUUGUGCAGCUUUAAUCUCAACAGAUAUUGCCAAAUUGUCUUCCAUGAAAGAGUUGGAGACAAUGUGGAGGAACUAGAAUUCUCACACCCUACUGGUGAGAACACAAAAUGGUACAGGUACUUUGGAAAAAUUUUGGCAAUUUCUUAAAAA